AUCUCUCUCAAUGUAAUAAAUUAGAAAAAAUAAAUAAAUAAUCGAAUAACUGUCCUUCAUUCGCGCUCGCGCCUUCCCAGUUCCCCAUCUCUCUCUGUCUCUUCUUCAUAGUUCAAACCCUCCAGUCCUUGAGGAAACUAAAAGAGAAAAAAACGAACAAAAACGAAGCAUUAGAACACAUUACACAUACCUCUAAAACUAAUGGAGAAAAUCCCUCCUGAGAAAUCCGACAGUUUUGCCAGCCGAGAUGACGACAACAACAACAACAACAAGAAGCAGUCCGACCCUGACCUUCCUUCUUCCCCUCCUUCUUCGUUACCGGAGCUCUUAGCCGGUGAUUCCCAAUCUGAUUCUCACGAUACCUCUACAGAGCCCACCAUCGAGGAAGCAGCAGCACCAGCAGAAGCAGAGAAUCCUGAAACAACCACCGAAGACCCUUCCAUUUCUGAUCUCGAUUCCAGUCUUCCAAAGAUUUCCGAAGACAUUGAUCGCUUCCUCUCCCUCUUCGAAUCAAACACAACCCCGGUAGAAAUCCCCAAUUCUGUUGAUGAAUUCGCGAAGCUUGUUGAAGCCCAGAUCGCGAAAUAUAAUUCAGAUGAAGAUCCAAUCAAAUGGCGUCAAGAUUCCGAUGCAGAUGCUACCCUCCUUGAAGCUGUCGAUAGAUUAUCAAAACUGACGACAGCUCUAUCUAAGCUCCCGUCGGAUGCGAAAUACGUUUCCUCAAUCAAUCGUAUCGGCAGUGUUCUGCAAAGCGCAAUGUCGUAUCUUGAAGAAGAGUUCCGGUCGAUCCUUGAGAAUGGUGAGUCGGAACCGACCAAUCUCAAGGGGAGACAACAAUCAUUUAACUCUAAUAGUGAUUGCUGUGUCAUAUCUGAACCUGAUUCGGCGAAGGCAACCAAUUUUCCUGGUUACUCACCGGAGACGGUGUCGAAUCUGAACAGGAUUGCAGCGGCAAUGAUCGCCGCCGGGUAUGAGACGGAGUGUUGCCAGGUUUACAGCAUCUCGAGGAGGAAUUCCUUUGAGGAGGCAUUGAAAAAUAUUGGAUUCGACAAGAUCGGUAUUGACGAUGUGCUGAGGAUGCAAUGGGAAUCGCUAGAGGGAGAGAUCAGCAAUUGGAUCAAAGUCUUCAAGCGCAGCGUCACCGUCUACUUCGCCGGAGAACAUAAAUUCUGUGAUGCGGUGUUUCAGGAAAAUCCAUCGGUCUCCGGCUCCCUCUUUGGAAACCUAGCUUGUGGAGUCGUCGCUCAGCUUCUCAAUUUUGUGGAAGCCGUUGCAAUGACGAAGCGAUCGGCAGAGAAGCUAUUCAAAUUUCUGGACAUGUACGAAGCAAUGCGGGACAUGAUCCCUGAAUUUGAUAACAUUUUCUCCGGGCAAUCCUCGGAGGAUAUCAAAACAGAGAUCUUCUCUGCCCAAUGCCGGCUAGGCGAGGCUGCCGUCGGCAUCUUCUACGAUCUUGAGAACUCAAUCAAGAGCGACACCAGUAAAACUCCCGUCCCUGGAGGUGCUGUUCAUCCCUUAACACGUUACACAAUGAAUUACCUAAAAUAUGCAUGCGAGUACAAAGACACAUUGGAGCAGAUCUUCCAAGAACACCAGAAGAUCGAUCAUUCCGAUGUGGUGGUCGGCGGCGGAUCAGAAAAAGAGAGCAGCUUACCGACAAACCAGGCGGAUAAGCUUUCGCCAUUCUCAGUCCAAUUGAUGACGGUAAUGGAUAUGUUAGGAUCAAAUCUAGAAGCGAAAUCCAAGAUCUACAGAGACCUCUCAUUAAACCACAUUUUCUUGAUGAACAACGGAAGAUACAUAAUGCAGAAGAUCAAGGGUUCCAAGGAAAUCUACGAAUUAAUUGGGGAUCCAUGGUGUCGGAAGAGAUCAUCUGAUCUCAGGCAAUACCAUAAGAACUAUCAGAGAGAGACAUGGAAUAAAGUAUUGGGAUGUCUCAAAGAUGAAGGAUUGCAGGUGCAUGGGAAAGUAUCAAAGCCAGUACUGAAAGAGAGGUUCAAAGCCUUCAACGCCAUGUUUGAGGAGAUUCAUAAGACGCAAUCCGCAUGGAUUGUGAGUGAUGAACAGCUUCAAUCUGAGCUUAGGGUUUCUAUAUCUGCAGUGGUGAUACCGGCAUACCGGUCAUUCUUAGGGAGGUUCAGGCAGUACUUGGAUUCAGGCCGGCAAUCGGAGAAGUACAUAAAGUAUGGGCCGGAGGAUAUUGAGACUUCCAUUGAUGAUCUGUUUGAAGGGAACCCAACAUCCAUGGCAAGGAGGAGAACAUGAUUUGCAGAAGAAGGAGAAGAAGAAGAUGACACUGUUGAAGGAAAGACAGCCAGAGGAGAAAUAGCGGCGGUGAGGUUUUGCUUUUGUUGUUAGUUACUCUUUUCAUAUCACUUCGUAACUCUUUUGCAUCUAAUUUUUUUUUUUUUUGGGUGUCCUUUUGUUGUUGAACUUUGUAUGUUCUGCUUUUAACGCAGAGAUGUAAUCUAAUGUAACCUUCAUUUUGUUUACUCAAGUUAUAUAUAUAAUAUCACAGGUCAUUUUUCCAUA